GCUCAGCUGCUCUGAUUCCUUCAAGUUUUUUGUUUCUCCCUUUAUUUAACAUUUCAAGUUGGUUUUAUAUCUGGGUUUUGUUUAGUUUUAAAUGAAAUCUCAAGAAUAAGCACUUGAGCUUCUUAGCUUUAAUGGGUGCCUCAAGCUUAGGAUCCUUUUUACUGGGUUUUUGGUUUCUGGGAAUUUCUUUUCAGCUACUGUUUCAUUGAUUGGAAUUUAUGUUGCAUGGUAGUGGGUCAUUUUUGUUUUGGAAAGACUUGUAAAAUGAGAUGAUUAGUUCUAGUUUUUGAGAUACUAUUUAUGGUAAUUAAAGCUGCCAUAUUCUUCUAUUCUUCAGCAAAGUAUUUAGAUAGUAGUUUCAUUUUCCUCUGUUAUUAAAAAGAAAAGAUAAAAACUUUUUUGGGUGUUUAUAAGUUUUAUCUGUUGUUGUUGGGAUUGGAGACAGUUAGAGGUUUAGAUUUGAAGCAAAGUUGAGAAAAAUAAAUAAGCCAGGUAAUGUUGUUAUUCAUUAAUUUAUUUUUGCCUUCUUUAAAAGGAUUUUCUGGUUAGUAUAUGGUGACAUCUUGAACUAGGCUUUGCUUCUAUGUGUGUAUCAUCAGUGUAUGUAUGUGCAGAAGAACAAUCUCUGAUGAGCUAAGUGGUGCUGGAUAUUUCAAACUUGCUAUGGAAAAAAGGAAAUGGCUGUGGAAGAGGAGGUCUUCUGAGAGGAGUCCCGGCGAAACCGACACUUCCGGAUCGUUAUCGUCACAUUCCGAGAGAUACUCCGAUGAUCAGGAUGUUUCCAAGUUGUCGUCACCGCUGAAUAAUAACACACAAUCGCCUGAAGUGUCGUCAAAGGCUUCAACCAAUUCCGAAGAUGUUACGGAUAGCGUUAAGAUCUUGACAGAGAAGUUAUCAGCUGCACUAGUUAAUAUUAGUGCCAAAGAGGACUUGGUGAAGCAACAUUCCAAAGUUGCAGAAGAAGCUAUUGCAGGUUGGGAAAAUGCUGAAAAUGAAGUAGUAGUGUUGAAGCAAAAACUUGAGGCUUCAAUUCAGCAAAACUUGACCCUAGAAGAUCGUGUGAGCCAUCUCGAUGGAGCUCUCAAGGAAUGUGUAAGGCAGCUAAGACAAGCGAGAGAGGAGCAGGAGGAGAAGAUUGGUGAAGCCAUUGCUAAAGCUGCCCAGGAUUGGGAAACUACCAAAUUAGAACUUGAAAGCAAGUUGCUUGAUCUCCAAGCUAAAUCUGAAGCUAUUAAUUCCAAGCUUCCUCCUCAGGUUGGUCCUGAGGUUUGGCGAAAGAUAGAAGAUUUAGAGAAGAAAAAUGCGGACCUCAAGCUUGAGCUCUCAUCUCAGUUGGAGGAGAUGGAAAUCAGAACAAUAGAGAGGGACUUGAGCACCCAAGCAGCUGAAACGGCUAGCAAACAACACUUGGAGAGUAUAAAGAAGGUAGCAAAGCUUGAGGCCGAGUGCCGAAGACUCAAAGCAAUAGCUGGUAAAUCUCUGAAUAUCUCCUCGAUUUAUGUCGGACCCCUUACUGAUAGUCAAUCAGACAGUGGAGAACGGGUUAAUCUUGUGGAGAUCGAUACUCACAAGAUGAUUUGCUCGGAAGCAAACAAAGGAGAACUCAGUUGUUCUGAUUCAUGGGCAUCAGCCUUGAUUGCAGAACUUGAUCAAUUCAAAAACGAAAAGACCGUCAACCGAAGCCUCCCAGGUUCUUCCAUUGAGAUUGAUAUCAUGGACGAUUUUCUUGAGAUGGAACGGCUUGCUGCUUUGCCUGCAACCAAGAGUAAAAACCAAUGUCUUGAAUUGAAAGCUACUGCCAAAGUAUCUAAUAACGAUGGUGAUAGCUUGUUGUUGAAGGCUGAGCUUGAAGCCAUGAUUCAUCGAACAACGGAACUUGAAAAGAAGUUGGAGAAGAUAGAAGUUGAGAAGGCUGAACUAGAAACCGCUCUUACUAAAACUCGAGAAAGUCUCAAUGAAUCAAAACUGCAGUUGAGGGACAGCGGACUAAAAUUGGAGGAGUUGCAAAGGGAGCUCAGCAUGGUAAAUGAAGCAAAGCAAAAUCUUGAGUCUCAACUCAGGAACAUGGAAGCUGAUGUAGAGACAAUGUCAUCAAAGAUUGAAUCAUUAGAAAAAGAAAUCGAAAAGGAAAGGACCUUAUCUGCUGAGGUUUCAGUUAAUGCAAAUGAAUCAAAGAAAAUGUUGGAGUCUCAACUCAUUAGCAUCGAAGUAGAAGCUCGAACUAUGUCUGCAAAGAUCGAUUCAUUAGAAACAGAAGUCGAAAAGGAAAGGGCACUUUCAGCACAAAUAACAGUCAAGUGUCAAGAACUGGAAGAAGAGCUGUCGAGGAAGAAACAGGAAACUGAGCUCCAGCAAACUGUUAACUCGAACGUCGAAGUGAAGAUAAAACAGGAGGAUUUGACUGCUGCUGCUGGAAAACUUGCCGAGUGUCAAAGGACAAUAGCAUCUUUAGGACAACAACUUAAAUCUCUUGCAACACUUGAAGACUUUUUAAUCGACAGUGCAAGCAUACCUGAGUUCCCUAAAGGACGGUCAUUGAUUCCUGAAGCUGGUGGAGAGCCUUGGAAUUUACAUUCCAAUGAAACAUUUUCACCCAAAAGAGAUCCAGAGUCUCCUAGAACUAGUUCUGAUAAGAACAAUGGAAACACACCCCCAUCUUCAUCCUCCUCUUCAUCUAUCAUGACAUCGAAUCAUGCCAGUUCCGAGAAGAACAGAAAUGGGUUUGCAAAAUUUUUCACUCGGAGUAAGAACGGGAUACAACUAGAAAUUUAAGAACAAGUUGUAAAACAAAGAUAUAGUUUUGUCAUAUUAAAGACGGUGGUGAUUAAAUGCUGUUUGAUCACCUGUUAUUAUUGUUGUUACUUCACUCUUAGGUUGUCUCAUGUAAUGCUAUUAUUAUACAUGAAUGGUUGUGUUCAAAUUGAAA